ACGACGACGAUAAAAUAACUUUCAUUUUUCACCUCAAUACAAUACACUACUUUAAAUUAAAUAAUUUAUAUGAAUGAACUGAGCUGUUGUGAUGUGGCAAUGGCAUGAUUGAAUGUAUUGUUUUUUAACUGCAUCUUAAUCAAUUUCGCCUGUUUCUAAUUGAUAACAGAAAAUAUGAACGAGAAUCUGGAUUUUGCUGAAAUACAUUAUCACUCAAUGGAGAAAUCUUUCCAAGAACCCACUUGCAGCAAAAGGACUGAGGGAGAUGGAAUGGAAAAUACUGAUGAACCAACAAGUUCAGAAAUAAGUAUAGACAAGAAAACUACAGUUAAAAAGGCUGAAUGUUUACGAGAUAAGUUAAUUUACAUUCCUGAAGAUUUUCAAAACUUCAUGCCUCAACCUCCAAAAAUUACUGGGAAAAUCGUUCAGCUGAGACCAGCACCGAUCAUUGUCAAGCCUCCUAAACAUGAUCAAAAUGCAAUGAAAUUGCAUGGUAAAGAACCAAAAUUUGUUCCUUAUGAGCCUUACAAAUGUGCAGUAAACCCCAUGGUUCCCCAAGAAAAGAAAAUACACAAAAAGAAAUCAAAGAAAAUGUCCACCGGCUCACUGCCAGUGUUGGAACAAAACCUUGAAACUGACUGCCUUCAAACAGUAGACUCCUGUGUUCAGAGUACCCAUUUGUUAGAGUCAAAUAACGAACAGUAUGAAAAAGAAAUUGACCGUUUAAGAAAAGAAAACGUGCAGCUUGAAAAUCAGUUGAAGUUUCAAAUUCAGGUGAAUGGUGACUUGAAAAAUCUGCUUGUCGCCUCGGUGGGGGAAGAUAUGGAAACUAGAGUCCACAUUCUGACUGAGGACAAGCUGCAUCUUGCUCGGGCUUUGCUGAACUCAGCGCAGAAAUUAAAUACGCACCAGGAACAAACAGAGUGGCUAGCAGGCCAGUGUGAAGUCUGGCGGAGCAAAUUUCUGGCAAGCAGUAUCAUGGUUGAAGAAUUGGCCAAGUGGAAAGCACUCUUGACCCGUAGAGUGCAGGAUCUUCAAGACAUGACCAAAAAUAUAUUGGAAGAACGACGGAGAGUGAGAGAGUACCUUGUUAGCACACACAAAGAUUUGUGUGUUUUGUGUGACAAUUUUGAUGUCACGUCUCUCCGAAGUGGUAUCCACAAACUCAACAGUACCAAUGUUCUUGAUUUGAGUGAGGUGAACAUGCAGUUGAGUGCUGUGGUGAGGCUGCAGUUGCUAGGCAACGGUAUCGUCCCGUCCAAGCCAGCGGACCUGAGCCACCUAGGACCUGCCAACACAGCUGCAGAGACAGUAGCUUUGGAGCUAUUGAAACAUCCCGUACCAGAGUUGGAGAACGCGGACGCUGCUUACAGCGCCGUGAUGGGAGCCGCUGUAGCCGUUACUUCAUCUGCUCUUUUGUUUUCGCCAUCAUGUUGUGGCCAUUGCACUGGAGAAAUCAAAACUAUAUGACUUGCCACAUCUGUGAUAUGCAGUUCUUUCAUGUAUCAAACAAAGUACCUUUAACGUUUGAUAGUCCUAUUAAAAAAACUGAUUUAGAAAUUUUUAGACUGAUGUUAGAUUUUGUAUACAAUGCUCUCUUCUAGUAGUCUUUCAUUAAUGACUCCUGUAUUUACAAUUUUGUCCCUGUAAAUUUCAAUUACUCAAUGCUAUUGAAUAAUUAAUUACUUCUAACCAAGUUAUUAUCAUUGAGGUAUCUAUGAGGGCAAUACUACUGUUUAUAUAUAUAUAUUUAUAUUAUA